AAGGUCACCGGACUAAUGGAUGGUAAACCAUUAAACUACCAUCAGGUAGUUAAAACCUGCACGUUAAUAUAUAUUGAACACAGUGUCGAUCCAUCUAUCGCCAGCCAAGGAUACAUUGAUAUGUGGGUUUUGUACAUGAUGCUUUCGUAUUGGUUGGUCUAUUUUCUGUUCAACGACUAUGUACAUGCAUCGUCUGAUGGUCMUGAAUGGGGAUACGGUGAAACACAUGAUAAAGUGUAUGGGAUAAACGACUGGGGGAAAAUCUCCGAAACUUGCAGAGAUGGAAAGCGGCAAUCCCCUGUUAAUAUUAACACGUCUAAAGCAAAAGCUGGGGACAGUAGUAGCACCGAUAGACUUGUGAGUUACGACGAACGACAUGGCAAAGUGACUGGAGACCUUGUGAAUAAUGGUCACUCUCCCACUUUUAAAGUAACAAAUGGAAACGUUAUAUACACAAAUCCACGUAACAAAGCCAAAUACAAGCUGGCGCAGUUUCAUUUCCACUUUGGUUGUAAAGACAGUGUUGGCUCUGAACACACUGUUGAUGGGAAAUCUUACCCAGGCGAGUUGCAUCUAGUUUUCUUCAACACUAAUUUCACAGACUUCGACAAUGCUGUAACAAAACCCGAUGGCUUGACGGUGGUUGGCGUAUUCAUAAAAAAAUCURAAAAGGCUUCAUAUCAGAUAAGAGAACUUGCGCGAAAAAUUGAGAAAAUAUCAAACGAUGAUGAAGAUAAACCACUAAAASAUGUUGAAGUUAAGCUGAGAUGGCUUGUCCCAGGCCUUACUAAGUCAGGAUGUAUGGAACACUAUUCGUACAAUGGCUCACUAACAACGCCUGGCUGUCAUGAGACUGUCGAUUGGCGUGUUCUCAAGAAACCAAUCAAUGCAAACAACUUUGUGCUCAAUCAAUUCAGAAAACUCGAGUCGAAAAACUCAAAAAAUGGCAAAAUGUGCGACAACUUUCGUCCCAUUCAAGAACUGAAUGACCGAGAUAUCAAAAUGCAGAAGUGACUUGUAUUGGUGUAUAGGCAAUGUAGGGGAAAAUAUGUCAGAAUUACACAAAUAAACGCUUUCUAGUCAAGUAAUACCGUAUUGCGUAAUACUCCCUUUUAAUUCCCUGCAUUAGAGUUCUAUUGCUGCCUGACUUACCUACAUUAAAUAUAAGCACCCGUAGUUACUCUUGGCAUCCAGUUUUGGCAGAACUUCGAUCCACUUAGGGAACAGAGGACUCUUGCAGUGCCUCGCAUUCGCUGACAUGUGCUUUGCUUUUGAAUGAAGUUGAAAUAUCAUUGAAARUGAGGAUUCUUUCGUUGCACGAGAAUUUGGAGAAAUCGAUUUGCUGCACGAGAUACAGCAUGUUAAACAAAAACUUUAAAUGAAGUAAUCUUUAUGUGUGUGCAUAUGUUGCUAUAGAAAUCUUUGUCAGGAACAAUAAAUUCAUCAAAAUGAAUGAAUAAAUCAGUAAAAAAUCAAUAAAAAAAUCCACAAAUAC